UUUUGAGGUGUAUGUUUAAACUUCAUUAAUUCCUCGUAUGACGUCAUAAAUCACAACGCUUUCCUCUCCCUCUCUCUUCCUUUCUCUUCAAAACCCUAAAAGCUUGCUCAGUCUUCGGCCAUCACUCGCGUUUUCAAAAUUUCUCCUCUGCUACAACUCCAUUGAUUUUUGAGUCGCAUCAUAACUACAAUCAUGAGUGGAGCAGGAGCAGGAGCCAUAACAGGAGAGAAAGGGUCAUCAACAACCAAAACACCAGCCGAUUUUCUCAAAUCUAUUCGUGGUAGACCUGUUGUUGUCAAAUUGAAUUCCGGUGUCGAUUAUCGAGGUAUUUUGGCUUGCUUGGAUGGAUACAUGAACAUAGCAAUGGAACAAACUGAAGAAUAUGUUAACGGACAGCUGAAAAACAAAUAUGGUGAUGCAUUUAUUCGAGGAAACAAUGUUCUUUACAUCAGUACAUCCAAGAGAACCCUUGCAGAAGGCGCCUAGUUACGGCAGAUUCAUAUCCUGCGCUUUUCAUCAUCUUUGUGCUCAUUGCUACUACUUUUUUACUUCUAUUAACAAAGUAUCCAGAAAUAUUGUGAAUGUAAUAUUAAACGGUUGCUUAUUAGGAAAUUGAAACGACAAUUCUUUUCUAGAAUGGACAUGGUUUGUUGUUUUGAUACCAUCAGUAGUCUUGCCAUGUCUGGUUCUUGAGAGAACCACUUAGCCAGUCUUAUUUGGACCUAGUUUCUUGGGUUCUACUCCUAACCUGGCUAAUGACCUCCAAAAGCAGUUACUGAUGUAAUUUUUUUCGUUCUGUCGUUUUGGGUUUAGUGGCAAUAUUUUAACUUGUUUGGUAAU